AAUAAGGAAAGCCAGACAUUAUAGAGACAGAGCAACUAAGCACAGUUGACCAGACCACAGCCUCCAAUUCGAAUUCUCUGCAGGUACCAUGGGAGUUUGAAAUCUGACAUUCAGAUUUCAUCAUUCAUUUUUUUUAUUAGCUCCAUGACAUGGGGCAGUAAAGAUGGAUCCUGCAGUUUGUUUUGAACUUUCGUGUUUGUUUCUGUAGAGGAAUUGGCUUCAUGCUUGCCGUUUCCACAUUUAAAAAAAAAAAACCCUCUUAGGAGUUUCUAGCCAUCUGACCUUUUUUUCCCCACUUGUGUCCUCUACUGGAGAACCAUCAGAUUUUGUUUGGACUUUCUUUAAGUGCAUUCAGUAAUGCUGACUGAACCGUGUGGAGCCAUGUCCGUGGGGUCAGAUGUUUGUGACCUGACAUUCUUAUCUCCAGCACCUCCUGUGCCAUCCUUACCAGGAGCUGGAGGUGGCUGCGGAAUGUCUGUUGGCGGUGGCCAAUGGACGCAACUUCUGGACCUCCACCCCGGGUCUCCCUACACAUCCUUGAACUCCCACCAUUCCCUCAUCAAGCAGGAGCCGGGCUGGGGGACUGCUGACCCAAUAGAGGAUCCCCACUGUGGACUCGGGGCCUUCACCGUGCACUUCUCCGGCCAGCUCACAGGAUCAGGCCCCUGUCGGGUCGGUGGCUAUGGGGAGCCAACAGUGGGUCAAACAAGGAUGUUUCCCAAUGGAGCCUACCUGCCUAGUUGUGUGGAAAGCCCCCCACUCAGGAACCAAGGUUUUGCGCCACUGGGUUUAGACAGCAACCCCAGUUACGGUCAUACACCUCCUCAUCACACCCCUCAGCUCUCCAGCCUGUCCUUCAAGCACGAGGACACACUGUCACCGACAAACAGCAUAGUUGACCAGCAGUACCCAGCGCCUAAUUCCGUGUUUGGCUGUCAUAAUCCUUCAGAGCCUUGUACGAGUAACCAGGCUCUGCUACUGAGAAACUACAACAGUGAAAACCUGUACCAAAUGGCGUCUCAGCUGGAGUGUGUCACAUUGAAUCAAAUGAACACACUGGCGUCUUCCAUGAAGAGUGGCCAUGCAAACAGCUAUGAGAGUGAUUCCACAAGCCCAGUUCCACCCAUGUUCAUCAGCACCCAGUACCACAUACACACGCACGGCGUCUUCAGAGGACUUCAGGAUGUCAGACGGGUGCCUGGUGUGGCCCCUGCAGCUACGCGCUCCUCAGAGGCCAGUGAGAAGCGCCCGUUUGUGUGUGCUUAUCCCGGCUGCAGCAAGAGAUACUUCAAACUGUCCCAUCUGCAGAUGCAUGGUCGGAAACACACAGGAGAAAAGCCUUACCAGUGUGAUGUGAUAGAGUGUGGCCGCAGAUUCUCCCGCUCAGACCAGUUGAAGAGACACCAACGCAGACACACAGGAGUAAAACCUUUCCAGUGCGAGACAUGUCAGAGAAAGUUCUCACGGUCAGAUCAUCUUAAGACCCACACUCGGACUCAUACAGGUAAAACAAGUGAGAAGCCCUUCACCUGCCGCUGGUCCAACUGUCAGAAGAAGUUUGCCCGCUCUGACGAGCUGGUGCGCCACCACAGCAUGCACCAGAGGAACCUGACCAAGCUGCAGCCUGCCAUCUGAGCAGCGAGAGGAGGGGGAGGAGGAGGAGGAUGAAGAGGAAGGUGACAAUAUGUUGUGCCAGCCAGUGGAGAAAGACGCCUGGAGCCUGGUCAGCAGUUAUGGUGCAUCGCCAGACUCGGUGAAGUGGUGAACACAGCUGAUGCCCAUCUUAGUCUGACAGAUGAUAGCAGGAGAACAGACUCACUGAAGACCCACAAGAUCAGCAAGAAGCACCUCAAGCAGCACACGUUAUGGUUAUGUGACAUUAGAUCUCAGACUUUGAGGGGGUAUAAUGCAGUGAUUCUGAGCCAAGAUGAGAAAUCCUAUUUUAUAUGACAUGAAGAAAACACGCUAUUUUGAGUAUUUUGUACACUUGCACUGGCUUCCUCUUUUAUUGUUAAAAUUGCCUCACAUUGAACAAUUGCUGGACCUUGCAAACUGGAGUUAGGAAAUUGUCAGUAUGUCACUUUUUGUUGGGAAUUUGUUACAGCAUUUUUGUAUUCCUGAAGGACACAAUAUUCAUCAAAGGGCUUUGUAUAUAUGUGGUGUGUUUUCUUACCAUUAAAGAC